CCUCGUACUCUCUUCGAUACUCUCUUCGUACACUUCCGUGAUCCGAUUUAGUCUGGUUUGUUCAGUAUCUUUGAAAAUAUAUUUUCGGUAUCUCGUUUCACAACAUGUCAUCUGUUUUCUAUUUUUCAUUCCCUCGUUAUUGAUAUUUUGAAUAAUUGAAUCGAUUGAAUCAAUCCAAUUCUUACUGUAAUAAUAAUAAUACAGAAAGAAUUCAGAUGUGCAUCGAAUUACGUACAUGAAUUUUUGCUUACUUCUUGAAAUUUUUGCGCGUUAAUGUUAAUUUAAACAUUUCGUAUCCAUUGCAUUUAUAUUGAAGAGGAAUACAUCAAAUCGAGAAAGAAACUUUGUUGUCAACGUUGUCAUCCUUAUUAACAUCAAUUUCAACAAUAUCAAAUAAAAGAUGUCGUUAACGUGUUGGGAGAAAAUAUCGUUCGUUCUAUUGGGAUUGUUUGGAUUGCGAAUUUUGUGGCGGAUAAGCGUGCUUGUGUGGAAGAAAUUAAUAGGGCCGAACUUUGGAUUCGGUAUCGAUCCGAAAACGCAGGGUAAAUGGGCAGUGAUCACAGGUGCUACGAGCGGUAUCGGUAAAGCGUACGCGGAACAGUUGGCGAAAAAAGGUUUGGAUAUUGUGCUGGUUUCGCGAUCAUUGUCGAAACUCGAAGAAGUCGCGAAGGAAAUCAAAGAACGGUAUGGGGUUCAAGUUCGAAUAGUGGAUGCAGAUUUGACCGAGGGACAAGCUGUUUAUGCAAAAAUUGCCAAAGCCACCGAAGAGCUCGAGAUUGGAAUAGUGGUAAAUAAUGCAGGAGCCAGUUAUAAUCAUCCUGAAUUAUUCACGAACGUCUCGGAGGAGAGCAUAGCUCAGAUCUUGCAGUUGAAUGUUGCGUCGAUGACAGGAGUCGCGAGGGCCCUUCUUCCCCAAAUGUUUGAGCGCAAGAAGGGCAUCUUGAUAAAUAUCAGCUCGGCCACGGCUGUUAUGCCAUCUCCUUACUUAACCGUGUACGCAGCCAGCAAGUGCUACGUUAUCAAGUUGAGCGAAGAUUUAGCCGCUGAAGCAGCACCGUACGGCGUUACUGUACAAUGCAUAAUCCCUGGCCCUGUGGCGACUAAGAUGUCAAAAAUCACGAAACCGACUUGGAUGGCGCCAACUCCAGAGAAAUAUGUAAAACAUACAUUAAAAACAAUUGGUCUUGAAUUGUGUACAACAGGUUAUUUACCUCAUGGUUUAUUAGUCGCCUCUGUAAAUGCUUUACGUUACAUAUGCGAAAAAGGUACGCUUUGGUUAGUUUGUAAGACCAUGUGUAACAUAAGAAAGCGUGCGUUGAAAAAGAAAGAAAAAGUGGUGGAAAAAAUAACUAAUGAAGAAACAUCAGUUACUACUAAGUGAUAUCUUCCAAUUCAAUUUCUUCCGUUUAUUUUGUUUCUUCUUUUAUCCAUUAUUCUUUCCUUUUCUGUUCUUUAUUUAUCUUAUUUUUUUUUUUUUUUUGCCUUUUUUGCUCUACUUUGUAAUUUUAUUCUACAGUUAAAAAUAUGAUAGGCAUAAUGUAUUUUAUAUGUAUAUUUUAGAUAUGUAUUUUAUAUAUAUAUAUAUCUACAUUCAUGUUUCAUAAAUUAAAUUAAAAUGCGAUAACACUUAAUUAAAACGUACAAAUGUAAAUAAUAAGAACUACGAAAUCUUUCCCGAAUUAUAUUGAAAUAUAAUUUUAUCAAAUUAAUAUCGUUAAAUUGUUAUUUUCUUUGAAUCAAUUUCUGAACUAUUAUCAUUUUUAAAUUAUUUAUAAAAAUCUUUGUACAUAUAUAAUCGGUAUUGUAUUUAUAACUAUUGUAUAAUAAAAUUUAUCAUAAUUUU